UCUUUCACAAGCAUAUGAGUGAGAGAGAGAGAGACACUAUGUUCUCUCGUUCUUUGUAUGCAACUCUCCUAUUUUCCCUAGUCCAACUCUCCAUCUCCACACAACAAAUUGUAACACCACCACCAUUGCCAAUUCUACCUCUCCCAUCAUAUUCACAGCUGAAAUGGCAACAAAGGGAAGUCAUAAUGUUCCUCCACUUCGGCGUCAACACCUUCACGGACUCCGAAUGGGGGACCGGGAACGAGAACCCGGCCAUAUUCAACCCAACGGGCCUCAACGCGACCCAAUGGGUUGAGACUGCGGUCAAGGCCGGGAUCUCUUUGAUGAUCCUCACCGCAAAACACCACGAUGGUUUUUGCUUGUGGCCUUCUAAGUAUACGGACCAUUCCGUCAUCGGAAGCCCAUGGCAAAACGGCCAUGGGGAUGUGAUUCGAGAGCUCGUAAAGGCAGCCGAGCCUCGGGGCGUUGACGUCGGCUUGUACCUCUCGCCGUGGGACCGUCAUGACCAAAGAUACGGGCAUGAUCAGGAGUACAAUGAAUACUACUUGGCCCAAUUACAAGAGUUACUCAACAAUUAUGGAAAUGUAAGAGAGAUAUGGUUCGACGGAGCUAAGGGGAAGAACGCGGCGAACAUGGCCUACUAUCUUGAUGAUUGGUUUUCAAUGGUAAACGAAUUGCAAAGCUCAAUCAACAUUUUCUCCAACGCCGGUCCCGACAUCCGAUGGGUCGGAGAUGAAAAAGGGUUCGCCGGAGAAACAUGCUGGUCAACCAUUAAUCGCACCUCACUAUCAAUCGGAGAUGGAAUCGAUCUUGGCUAUCUCAAUACCGGUGAUUCGAAAGGGACUGAUUGGCUGCCGGCAGAGUGUGACGUUUCGAUCCGAACGGGCUGGUUUUGGCACGAAUAUGAAUCACCGAAAAAACUGAAAGAACUUCUGGAAAUCUACUACAACUCGGUCGGGCGAAAUUGUUUGUUGCUACUCAAUGUUCCGCCUAAUAAUACUGGGCUCAUAUCCGAUAAAGAUGUGCAACGAUUAAGAGAGUUUAGAAGUGCAAUAGACACAAUAUUUGGUACCAAUUUGGCCGAGAAAUGGUAUGUAAAUGCUAGUAGCCAAAGGGGAGGAGAAGGAGGAGGUUUUGGACCGGAAAAUGUGCUAGACAGUGAUCAUUUAUGGACAUAUUGGGCUCCAAGGAAUGAUCAAGAUAAAGAAGAUUACUGGAUUGAAUUCAAAGCAACAGAUGAUGGGGUGGAUUUCAAUGUGGUCAGGAUCCAAGAGGCGAUUGGGCUCGGACAGAGGAUCAAAAGGCACGAAAUCUACGUGGACGGGGAUCGGAUCGCGAGUGGGACCACCGUAGGUUACAAGAAGCUUCACAGGCUUAAAAUGGGAGCUGUGCAUGGGUACAGUGUGAAGAUCAGGAUCAUUGAAUCAAGGGGGGUGCCUUUGGUCUCUUCAGUGGGUCUCCACUUUGAUCCCUUUUGGCAGAGUUCUUCUCUUUCGCGGCGAAGGCAUGUGCCACAUCAGCAGGCGUGA